CUGAGCGCAGUGCUCGUUAUUUUGUACUCUUAAGUUUUCUUUAUUUACGUUCGGUAUGGUGGUCGGUGUUAAAGUUGGUUUUGUUGGUUCUAGCGGGAGAUACGAGAUGUUGUCGGGAUGGAGGUUGGCUUUAUCAAAACUAUUCGUAAUACCACAAAGGUAUGUGUUCUCAAUAAUGGCGCUGUUGGCUGUAGCCAACGCGUACACGAUGCGUGUAUGCCUCAACUUGGCAAUCACGCAGAUGGUGAAGAAGACGGUAGCGGUUGAGGGGGACGCGAACUGGGACCCCGACGCUUGUCCAGACCCGAGCGCCGCGGCUAACGAGACUAUGAGACUGUCGGAUUACUUGUUGAGGCAAACUGGCCCUGUGCUUUUUGAAUGGAGCGAAGCAACUCAAGGUCUCAUACUAAGUUCGUUUUACUACGGCUACGUCAUAACGCAUAUUCCCGGCGGGAUGUUUGCUGAACGAUAUGGUGGGAAGUGGGUGCUUGGGGGUGGGUUGUUAUCGACAGCUGUUUGCACAUUCAUCACCCCGUAUGCUGUCAAAACUGGUGGCGCGACCGCGUUGUUUAUUCUACGUGUUAUUGAAGGUUUUGGUGAGGGCCCAACUAUGCCGGCACUGAUGGCCAUGAUAUCUAAAUGGGCGCCAAAAGCCGAAAGGGCACGUAUGGGUGCAAUAGUAUUUGGUGGUGCCCAGAUCGGUAAUAUCGCUGGGUCGUAUUUCUCAGGCCUCAUAAUGCAUGCGGGAACAUGGGAAAACGUGUUUUACAUGUUCGGUGGUCUUGGUCUUGCAUGGUUUGCGUUAUGGUGCAUCCUUUGUUAUAGUACACCGAACACACAUCCAUACAUAUCUGACAGUGAGAAAAAGUUCUUGAAUGAAAACGUUCAAGCGUUAAUUCAUAGUGAAAAACAAAUAUUGGAUCCUGUACCGUGGAAGGCGUUACUUAGAUCUGUUCCUCUUUGGUCCCUUAUUAUUGCUGGUAUAGGGCAUGACUGGGGCUACUUUACAAUGGUGACAGAUUUACCCAAAUACAUGACAGAUGUACUGAAAUUCAACAUCAAAUCCGCUGGUCUGCUGUCAGCAAUACCGUACGUCGCUAUGUGGAUUGCCUCAUUCUUCUUCGGGCUUCUUUGCGAUUUCUGCAUCAAGAGAAAGUUUCAUAGUAUACAAAAUGCAAGGAAGAUUUAUACUACUAUAGCGGCCACUGGUCCAGGAAUUUGUAUCAUCCUUGCUUCGUAUUCAGGAUGUGACACAACAUUAGCAGUAUUUUGGUUUAUAGCCGCCAUGACUCUCAUGGGUGCGUACUACAGCGGCAUGAAGAUCAAUGCUCUUGACAUAACACCCAACUACGCUGGCACUACCACUGCUAUGGUGAAUGGUAUUGCCGCAAUUUCUGGCAUCAUUACGCCAUAUCUGAUUGGUCUACUUACUCCAAACUCAACCUUAAAGGAGUGGCGAGUGGCGUUUUGGGUGUGUCUUGGUGUACUAGUCAUCACAAACAUUGUGUACCUCAUAUUUGCGAAGGGCGAACAGCUGUGGUGGGAUGACGUCAAGAGGCAUGGCUACCCAGUUGCAUGGAAACAUGGACCGUUGCCAUUACGAACAAAUGAUUCCGAAAAGGAUGAAAACGAACAAACGAAAGACAAACAAUAACCUCUAACAAGAAGCUUUAAGUAAAUUUAACUUUAGUUUUAAGUUUGUAAUUUAUUGUACAAAAAAAUUGUUUUAUUUUUUCA